GCCCGCCUCCCUCCCACGAGGGCGCCCGCCUGGAGGAGCUGCCGCAGCGGCAUCGAUCCAGCUCCGCCCAGGCUUCACGGUUGUACCACACCAUGCAAGUAGCUGAGGAUGCCUGCACCAAUUCUGAGGAUGAGCUGCUCUUCUGUGAAGACUGCCGCCUUUACUUCCGGGACUCCUGCCCGCAGCACGGACCCCCUACCUUUGUGGCUGACAGACCCGUUCCAGAAAGGGUUCAGUCACGGGCCCUGCUCUCCUUGCCGGAGGGACUUCUAGUCAAGGAGCGUUCUCAGGGGGGCCUUGGAGUCUGGAGCGCCCUCCCAGCCCUGCCUCGUGGCUGCAUCUUUGGCCCCUACGAAGGGGAAGUGGUACGGGAACAUGGCGACUGCACCCGGUAUUCCUGGGCGGUGCAGGACAACGGCUCCUACUUCUUUGUCGACGCGUCGGAUGAUUCCAGAUCCAACUGGAUGAGAUAUGUGGCGUGCGCCUCCACCGAGGAGGAGCAGAAUCUGACUGUUUUCCAGUACCGAGGCUAUAUCUACUACCGGGUCUGCCAGACCAUACCUGCCAACACAGAGCUGCUGGUGUGGAUAGGGGAGGAGUAUGCACGAACGCUGGGAUUACGCUUAGGCGAGCAUUUUAAGUACGAAUUUGGCGAGAAGGAGCUGCUGAUGAAACUCUUCCAGGAGCUGCACCUCAAGACCCCGCCACCGCCUCCCGCUCCCCACGCCCCUUCUUCCCGCACCCAGUACCUGUGCGGAGACGCCGCCGCCUCUCCCCUGCUGCCCCUCCACAAGCCGGGCCUCCCCCCGGGAGGGAGCCCUUUCCCGCUGCUGGAAGGGACGCAGAACCUGGUGGGGCUGGGGAGGGCGCAGAGCCGCUACUGGACUUUCUUUGGGUUCCAGGGGGACGCCUAUGGCCGCAUCCUGGACAAGAGCAAGAUUAUCUGCAAGCUGUGCGGAGUCCGCCUCAGCUACAGCGGCAACACCACCAACCUACGCCAGCACCUCAUCUAUAAGCACCGCUGCGAGUACAACCAGCUGGUUGGGACCCAGACGGCAGCUCUGGACAAAGGGGUCCUGGGGACAGCGGGCGACUUCGGAGCCCCCCGGCCUCCUGCCCCAGGCAGGACCACGCGGGCGGUAGCCGACUUCAUCGUGCUCGACCUGAUGCCUGUGGAGGUGGUGGAAGGAGAAGGGUUUGGGCAGAUGCUGGGGGUCCUGGACCCCAACUACAAGCCCCCAGAUGCUGCCUCCCUGGCCCACACGGUGCUGAGGGACAUGCACACCCACGUGAAGGGGAAAAUCUGGGAGCUGGUGCGGACCCUGCCUCAGUGCUCGCUUAGCUUGGACAUCUGGCGCCAUAGCAACACCCUCACCUACCUCACUCUCACCGUGCACUACGUGGAUGACUGCUUCGAAGCCCGUGCAAGGGUGCUCUCGAGCCGCCCCAUCCCCGAAGAGCCCAGCGCCGACGGCCUGACGGAGGCCCUCAGCGAGGCGGCCAAGGAGUGGGGGGUCCGCGAGAGCACCUCGUACACUGUCGGGGGCCUUGGGCUCGCUACCCAGCAGGCUGCGGCGGUGCUCGGUUGGACCGCCCUGCCUUGCAUUGGGCAGGCCUUGCGAGCCGCCAUGGAGGCUGUGCUGAGCCAGCCAGCAGCGCAGGGUGCCUUCGAGCGGCUGCGGCGCCUGGCGUCCUGGGCGCUGGCCGGGGCAGGCCGCGGAGAGAAGCUGUGGGCUCAGGAGCCCCUCCUGCAAGCGCACCUCGGCCGCUUCCUGCGGGACGGGGGCAAGUGGCACAGCGCCUAUGCCGUCCUGCAAGGCCUGCUGGAGCACAGCGACCCUCUGGCGGGGCUCGGCCCCGACGGGGAGGCGACGCUGCGCCCCCAGGACUGGGCUGCCCUUCGGGACGCGGCCAAGGUCCUCAAGCCCAUGGCCAUUGCUACCUCGACGUUCACCAAAGACCCCUUUUCCAGCCUUUCCCUCGUCAAGCCCGUGCUCACCAGCCUUCUCUAUAAACACCUGGUGGGCAGUGAGUGGGACUCUGCCCUGGCGCUGGAAGCCAAGUCCGCAGCCCAGAAGGAACUGAACCAGCACUUCUCCAGCCCAGACGUCAACCAAGCCCUCAACCUGGCCUGCGCCCUGGACCCGCGCUUCCGCGGCCUCGACUUCCUGAGCCACUCGGACCGCGUGGAAACCCUGCACUUGCUCAAGGCGGAAGCGUCGCGACUGGCGGAGUCGCCGGCAGCGCAGGGCUCCGGCCCGCCGGGCAUGGCCUUGCCCCCGUCGCCGCCAGCCAAGGUGCCGAAGCAGGAUGCAGGCAUCGAGUUCCUGCUGGGGGACCUGUGCAGCAUGCGCGCCGCCUCGGGCGCCAGCUCGGCACAUCAGCAGGUGGAGCAGGAGGCCAGCAGCUUCCAGUCCAGCAAGGCCUCCGCCCUCGGCCAGGACCCUUUGCAGUGGUGGAAGACGCACCACACGCAGUACCCGCUGCUGUCCCGGGCGGCCCGCAAGCUGCUUGGCGUGCCUGCCACCUCGGUGCCCGCGGGCUGGCUGUUCAGCAGCGCCGGUGACGCCAUGCACACCAAGCGGCAGGCCCUGACGCCAGAGCACGUCGAUAUGCUGGUGUUCCUCCACGGCAACCGAGCCAUGCUCUAUUAGGACAUGGGGAAAGGGAGUAAGUGGCUUGGGUGGGCCGGGCACCCUUC